UUUACAACUAGAAACGAUGUUUUCAAAUGUGGAGCAGGUUUUAACUGAGGCUUCCAUGUAAAACAGGAAACAAAGUUCAGGUUCACAGAGCUGCUCCUCGUCCUGGACUGAGUCACAGCUCCAUCAGCCCUCCAUCUUCUUCCUCCUCUCACACAGCAGCUCCACUCUGUCACUACAUUUCCUUGUUUCCUCCCCUUCAGAUCUGCAGUUUGUGGUUGGCUGUAACUCAGCUGACAGGUUUCAUUCGCUGCACAAACAAACCCUGUUCAGAUCAGAGUUCAGACUAGUUGCAGUUGUCAGGAAGUGAAGCUCAGACAGUCGUUGUCACUGAGAGGUGAAAUGGAGCAGAAAGGAGUUCAGCUGGACCGAGAGACUUUCUCUUGUCCGAUCUGUUUGGAUCUACUGAAGGAUCCGGUGACUACUCUCUGUGGACACAGCUACUGCAAGAACUGUAUUAAAGACCACUGGGACACAGAGCAUGAGAAGAGGAUCUACAGCUGCCCUCAGUGCAGGAAGAGCUUCACACCGAGGCCUGAGCUGCUGAAAAACACCAUGUUAGCAGCUUUAGUGGAGCAGCUGAAGAAGACUGGACUCCAAGCUGCUCCUGCUGAUCACUGCUAUGCUGGACCUGAAGAUGUGGCCUGUGAUUUCUGCACUGGGAGGAAACUGAGAGCAGUUAAGUCCUGUCUGGUCUGUCUGGCCUCUUACUGUGAGAAACACCUCCAGCCUCAUUAUGAUGUGGCUCCAUUAAAGAAACACAAGCUGGUGGAGCCGUCAGAGAAGCUCCAGGAGAACAUCUGCUCUCGUCAUGAUGAGGUGAUGAAGAUGUUCUGCCGUACUGAUCAGCAGUGUAUCUGUUAUCUCUGCUCUGUGGACGAACAUAAAGGCCACGACACAGUGUCAGCUGCAGCAGAGAGGACUGAGAGGCAGAGAGAGCUGGAGGGGAGUCGACACAACAUCCAGCAGAGAAUCCAGGACAGAGAGGAAGAAGUGAAGCUGCUUCAACAGGAGGUGGAGGCCAUCAAUGGCUCUGCUGAUAAAGCAGUGGAGCACAGUGAGAAGAUCUUCACCCAGCUGAUCCGUCUCAUGGAGAAAAGACGCUCUGAUGUGAAGCAGCAGGUCAGAUCCCAGCAGGAAACUGAAGUGAGUCGAGUCAAAGAGCUUCAGGAGAAGCUGGAGCAGGAGAUCACUGAGCUGAAGAGGAAAGACGCUGAGCUGAAGAAGCUCUCACACACAGAGGAUCACAACCAGUUUCUACACAACUACCCCUCACUGUCAGCACUCAGUGAGUCUACACACUCAUCCAGCAUCAACAUCCGUCCUCUCAAGUACUUUGAGGAUGUGACAGCAGCUGUGUCAGAGCUCAGAGACAAACUACAGGACGUCCUGAGAGACACAUGGACCAACAUCUCACUGACAGUGACUCAGGUGGAUGUUUUACUGUCACCACCAAAAAACAUGACCAGAGCUGACUUCUUAAGAUAUUCAUGUGAAAUCACACUGGAUCCAAACACAACAAACACAUGGCUGUUAUUAUCAGAGGGGAACAAAAAAGCAACAUACAUGAGUCAACAACAGUCUUAUCCUGAUCAUCCAGACAGAUUCACUUGGUGUCCUCAGGUCCUGAGCAGAGAGAGUCUGACUGGACGUUGUUACUGGGAGGUGGAGAGGAGAGAGGGGAGAGUUGGUGUAGCAGUCGCAUACAAGAAUAUCAGCAGAGCAGGGAGGUCAGAUGAAUGUGGAUUUGGAAACAUCCAAACUCCCGUCUCAGGUCCUCGGUCCUCCAGAGUUGGAGUGUACCUGGAUCACAGUGCAGGUAUUCUGUCCUUCUACAGCGUCUCUGACACCAUGACUCUCCUCCACAGAGUCCAGACCAUAUUCACUCAGCCGCUCUGUGCUGGACUUAAGUUUGGCUUGUUUUCCUCUGGAGACUCUGCUGAGUUCGGAGGUUCGGCUGAGGCUCAUGCCUAG